AUGGCACUGGUAGCGCCACCUUCGAACGAUCGCAAGCGCGUAAAGGUCUACGAACUCAAGAACAAUGACUGGUUCGAUCGCGGGACGGGAUUUUGCAGGGGUGUAUUCGUGAAUGACGAAGCGAAGAUCCUCGUCGCGUCCGAAGACGACCCGUCGCGCCAACUCCUCGAGACCAGAAUAUCCAAAGAUGACGGCUACCAGAAGCAACAAGAUACACUCAUUGUGUGGACGGAGCAGAAUGGAACCGACAUGGCCCUCAGCUUUCAGGAGCCGGAGGGCUGCGGCAGCAUAUGGGAAUUUGUGAAUGACAUGCAGGCGCGUUUACAGGAGAGGGCAGCACAGGACGACGGACUGUCAGAUGAGAUUGGCGAAAACGUCAACCCGAUCAUGCUGCCGAAUCCCGACCUGGGCAACUUACACGAGAUAGAAAACCACAUGCGUGCAGCGAACAGCACACCGGGCGGUCGCGAAGCUCUUGCCAAAUUCGUACUGUCGCAACACUAUGUCCCGAAGCUUAUCCCGUUGGUGGAGAUGGCAGAAGAUUUGGAAAGCGCCUCAGAUCUACAUCGAUUAUGCAGUAUCAUGAAGAUGCUGAUCUUGCUCAACGAUACCGCCAUCAUCGAAUACGUAGUCACCGACGAGAUCGUUCUCGGCGUAGUUGGCGCCUUGGAAUACGAUCCCGACUUUCCUCUGCACAAGGCCAACCACCGGCAGUACCUUUCCGACGAAUCGAAGUUCAAGGAGGUUGUUAAGAUUCAGGACGACAACAUAAAACGAAAGAUCCACUACACAUAUCGAUUGCAGUAUCUGAAGGACGUCGUUCUAGCGCGCAUCUUGGAUGAUCCCACUUUCUCGGUCUUGAACUCCCUCAUCUUCUUCCACCAAGUCGACAUUGUACAGCAUUUGCAAGCGAACGGGCCGUUUCUCAAGGAGUUGUUUGGCAUCUUUGGAUCAGCUGAACAAAACUUCCAGAGGAAAAAGGAUGCAGUACUAUUCAUUCAACAGUGCACCUCGAUCGCCAAAAGUCUGCAGGCACAGAAUCGAGCGCAGCUUUACCAAAACUUCAUCAACAACGGCCUCCUCGACGUUAUACAGUACGCACUGAAACACCAAGAUGCUUCCGUACGAGUGGCAGGUACCGAUAUUCUGGUCUCGCUCAUCGACCACGAUGCGUUGAUGGUGCGAAGCUAUAUCUUUAAAGCGAUACAAGAAAAGUCAAAACCAUUGACCGACACACUCAUCGAACUUCUCCUCAUCGAGGUAGACCUCGGAGUCAAAUCUCAGAUGGCUGAUGCCAUCAAGAUCUUGCUCGAUCCCAACGCCAAUUCGGCGUCCAUAGAAGCGCUUGGAAGAUCCAACAGUGAUUUCCUCGCAAAGGUCAGAGGACAACUCCCUCCAUUGCCGCAGACAGACACCUUCAUCCAAAACUUCUACGAUGAAUCUGCUAGAAAGCUAUUCCAGCCGCUCAAGGAUUUGGACGGUCGCGAAUCAAUGGACAACCUUUCGAUACAGCAGAUCAAUCUGUACGUCCACUUGGUGGAGGUUUUAUGCUUCUUCAUCCGACAGCACUCGUUUCGAAGUAAAUACUUUAUUCUCUCUGAAGGCCUUGCAGCUCGAGUAGCGCAGCUAAUGGAGUGUCCGGAGAAGCACCUGAAACUCACUGCUCUAAAAUACUUCCGCUCCUGCAUUGGUCUGCACGAUGAGACGCAUAACCGACAGAUCAUCCAACAUCAGCUCUUCGAGCCGAUACUGAAGAUUCUCUUCGAUAAUAUUACAAGGGACAAUCUCCUUAAUUCUGCCUGCUUGGAACUGUUUGAAUUCAUCAAACGCGAAAACAUUAAAAUGCUCGUACAACAUCUGGUGGAAACUUAUCGCGAAAAGCUGCAGACCAUUACAUAUGUGGACACGUUCCAGAACCUCAUCCUACGAUACGAUCAGAUGCACGAACCCGUCACAACGCAAGAGCUCGAAACGUCCUUCACCAGCGUCGACAGUGAUACGCCUGCACGACAACAGCUAGCUAUGGUCAAUGGCGGAAAGUGGGGUGUUGGUCUGAAGGAAGCUGAUCCGGACGAGGAAGCAUAUUUCAAUGGUUCUGAUGAAGAGGAUGAAUUUGUACCAAACGUUGCAAAACCUGUCAAUGGCGCAUCUCCUGUGCGUCCUCUAGUCAACUACCCGGACGACGACGAAGGGGAAGACGACAUCGACGAUCUUGCCGCGGCUGCACCCUCCGUAUUACCACAAAGUGUAUCCCCGGCCAGUCAAACACAGGAGUCGUCGAGCACGUCGAAAUCACCACCAGAGCGGAUAUCAGAAAAACGUAGAAGAGAGGAUGACGGAGACGACGAGCUACUUCUCAGCAUAUCGUCUAGUGGCACUGCCAAGCGUCGCGCGUCUCUCAAUAGCAAUUCCAGCGGCGGCAGUCUCAAGAGCUUGCGUCGAAAAAGCCCAAACAUGGCCUCCGCGAAGGACAGUGGAGGCGGGCCAAAGAAAAUAUCGCUGUCUAUCCCACUAAAGUCCGGUGGAGAAGGAGGCAACGGUGAAUAG